AUGGAGCACAUAUCGUCCGAUAACACUCCCAUUCCUGGACUCGUUAUGCUGCAGCCGUGGCUAUCCGCGAACGCACAGAAGUUACAGCCCCCAGUCAAUAACCAAUGCCUCUAUUCCGGAAAAGACUUCAUCUUAAUGGCCGUUGGAGGGCCGAACACGAGGAAUGACUAUCACAUCAACCAGACCGAGGAGUGGUUUUAUCAAAUCAAGGGCGACAUGUUGCUCAAAAUUGUCGAGAAUGGCACUCAAUUUCGUGACAUUGUCAUUCGAGAAGGCGAAAUGUACCUUCUGCCCGGAGACAUCCCGCAUUGUCCAAUCCGUUAUAAGGAUACCGUUGGCCUGGUAAUGGAGCGCACCCGACCCCUGCACGUAAUCGACCGCAUACGAUGGUACUGCCCCAAUCAGGAGGCUCACCAGACUGCACCCAGCAUCAUCCGGGAAGAGUCGUUCCACUGCGCCGAUAUUGAAACGCAACUUAAGGAUCUCAUUAAUCAAUGGAUGACGAAUGAAAGUACCAGACAGUGCGGCGAUUGUGGUCAGAUUGCGCCGCCGCAAUGA